AACGUAUCGGAGGUGGCGUUGGAGGUGGGGUUCAACCUGCAAGCAGUCGUGCACCAAAUCACGGCCGCCUGCGCCGCGAAUGAAUGAACUAUCAUCAUCUAGUGUGCCGCGGUUACUGUACCCAAGAAGAACGCGUCGCGACGCCCAAACAAACGCCGUCGCCGCAUACACAUCAAACAAAAAAACAAAACAGCAACAUUCAUCAAUUGUUUUCGACGACGAAUCGGAUUUUAUAUUCAAUUACGAUCAGGUUUCCCGGGAAACGCGGGCAUCGAUUUAUGAGGUUCCAGGAGUACGCGCUCUGCUUGUCGAUCAUCUUGUGGUCAUCGGGCCGGUGCUGCGUGGCCGUCGUCGUCUCCGGCUCCGUCACCGCCGCCGCCAUCUCCGGGCUCUGUCCGGAGGUAGACGGAUGCCGUCACCUUGACGACAGAACCCUCGUCUGCAGGGGCGUCGUCGACACCGAUCCGGACCUGUUCCUCCCCAAUGUCACGUCGCUGCGCCUCUGCCAGUACGAGAACACCACGCUGUACCUGAACAACAUCCUCAGAAGGUUGCCACGAGUUGAAAACGUCACCGUCUCGUUCAGCAAUUUCACCUAUCUGAACGGCCCCACCAAAGAAAAUUGGAUCAAGAGUCUGAUCAUCAACAAUUCGUCGCUCCGCCGCAUCCCCGACAACCUCUUCUCGCACCUCAAGAAUCUGCAGCUUCUGGACCUGCGAAACAACACUUUGGACAAGCUGCCCGUCUUCGUUAAGCAAUCGCCCAGUUUGAAGGAAAUCUACUUCGCAGGAAACAAAUGGAACUGCUCGAUGAACAUGGACUGGGCGUUGCGGCUGAACAGGUCCAUCGUCAAGGAUUUAGGCAACAUGAGUUGCGUGGGCGCCAAGUACAACGAUAAACCGGUGCUGCCAAUCGCCAAAUUCCUGCUGAAUUCGCAGACGAAUUGUCCGUCGUACUGCGAGUGCGCCGUGAUCAACGUCUUCUGGGACUUUUCCGAUAGGUUGCAGCGCGUCGUCGAGGCGAACUGCUCGAACAGGGGCAUCGACGAGCUUCCACUUCUGUUGCCGAACUUCACGAAGAUCUUGCGAGUGGACAGGAACGGCAUCAGCGAUCUGAGUCCGCUCAUAACGAACAAGGUUUACGAGGGAGUGCUCGAUCUGUAUUUGGAUCACAACGAGGUGGAGAGCAUCGAGGAGCUGGAAGGGACGCACUGGUUCUCCAAUUUCCGGGUCCUCUCCCUGAACGGCAACAAACUCACUCAGCUGCCCACGUACGCUCUGGAGAAUUCGUUGCGGCAGAACCCGAACAUGCCCGACGCCGUGCGAAUGCAUCUCGGGGGAAACCCCUGGAGAUGCGAUUGCGUCUUCACGCCCGGUUUCCAAGAGAUCUUGAUGAAAUACGAGAAGCAAAUCAGAGAUAUUGACGAAGUGAAAUGCUCGUACGUCGAAGGAGACGAAAAUUCUUUACUUCCGAUACUGAAAUUGUCCAGGAGUUCGGUGUGUCGCCUACCCAACGAAUACUCGAUGAGGGCUCUGGAUCUACUCAACAUUAUCCUGGCCAGCUUGAUCGUGCUCGUCUUAAGCAAACUGGCCUACGACUAUUAUUACUUUAAGAGAACCGGAAGGCUUCCGUGGAUUGUCACGAAGAUGCCCUAGAUAUUAAAUUAUAAAACAAU